UCCUGCCGUUUUAUCUUUUAUUCCAUUUCCUUUGUAUUUACCUUUUAGUACUUAACGACCUUCCUAUUAAUUUAACUCUUCCCAAUAUAUUUUUUCUUGUUCCAUUUAUGCUUUUAUUUUCACUCACCAUUUCUCCCUUCUCCAACUUUACAAUCUCCUGGUUGAAGAAUGGAUAGGAAAAGGUAUGAAGAUAGACGAAGAAUUGGGUCAGUUAAAACUGCUGUUAACAUUUAUGGAGAGAUGAUUUUGGAUGGAAAUUCUUCAUUGAAGAAACCCCAGGAGGAUUCUCCAGAGAAGCCUUCUUCAAGAGUAAAGCAGCUUCAUAGGGCAAGAAGGGACAAGAAUAGAUACAAAGAGAGUAGAAAAACUGCAGAAUCAGAGCUCUUCAGUUCAAGGGGAACAGAUAAGGAUCUGGCUUUUAUGGUUGAGGAAUCAAAAUUUAAGGCUAAAUCAAGGAUGAGUGAUAUUGAGUCUUUAAGGAAAAAUGGGUACCUUGAAAACAAGGCGUUGGAUGUGGAGAACAGGAGUCUUGCAAGUUAUCGGUAUGAAGAAGUGAUGAGAGAACUGCAAGUGGUGAAAAAAGAAUUGAGUCAGCUUAAGCUUGAUAUGGCAUCUGUUAUGGCAGAGAAAGCAAGAGCAAAGAAGGAAUUUGAAGACUCAAGCUUUACAAUGUUGUCAAAUGCUGCCUCUGCUGAAGCACUUAGCAAACAAAUUGAGGCAGCUAAUGAGGAACAUGUGCUGGUUGAAUUGGCUCAGAUUGAGGCUCUGAAAGAAGUUGGAGAAACUGAAGCUCAAAGAGAGAAAGAAGCCGGUGAAUUCUCGUUUAGGAUGGAGGAAACAAAGAAGAAAAUGAAGGACAUAACUGAAGACAUUGAUCAGUCCAAAGAGUUGGAAACCAAAUUGGGUGUCACUUUGUCUAAUAUUAAUCACUUGCAAGAUGAACUAAAGCAAGUUAAGGGACAAGAGGAAGUGGUUCAGAAAGGUGAUGAUGGCUUGAAGCAACAAGAUGAUAGUUUCCAAAGUGCUGAAGAAGUGGAAUCUUCCGUUUCCUUGGAGUUGAUCACAAAAGAAUUGGAGGCAGCUAAGAAAGAAUUGGCUUUAAUUAAAGAUGAAAGUUUUCAGUAUAUGUCCUCCAUGGAUAUCAUAAGAAAUGAGCUGAAACAUGUUACAGAAGAAACGGCAAGGUUGAAGAAAACGGAAGAAAAGGCAGAUUUGAAAGUUCAAAGCCUCAAUUCAAAGCUGGUGAGAGCCAAAUCCAAGUUGGAAGCAGUGGCUGCAACUGAAGAGAAGGCUAAAUCAACUGUGGCUAGCCUUUCCCUUACACUUGAACAGCUAAGGGCAGAAGCAGAGGCAUCAAAGAAAGAGAAGAUGCUUGUUACAGAAGACACUGCAACUAUUAAGGCAGAAAUUCAGAAAACUGAGUCUGAAAUAGAUUUAACGGAGGAAAAAUUGCAGGCAGCUAUGCAAGAACUUGAGGCAGUUAAGUCAUCAGAAGCUUUAGCUCUAGAAAAGUUAAGAUCUCUGAUAGAGGCUACAAUGAAAUCUAGAGCUUCAGCAUCUAACCAUAGUUCCACAAUCACAAUCUCAAGAUUUGAGUACGAGUAUUUAACUGGACAUGCAGUUGGAGCUGAAGAGAUCGCAGAUAAAAAGGUUGCGGCAGCUCAGGCAUGGAUUGAAGCUUUGAAGGCUAGUGAGAGAGAGAUAUUGAUGAAAACUGAUAUAGCUCAUAGAGAGCUUAGAGAGUUGAGAGUGGAGGAGGAGCAUGGGGUAUCACUUCCAGCAAACAAAAAUGUGGAUUCACAAAAUAGGCAAUCACUUUUGCUUAGGUCCAUGAAAAGCAAUGGCAGUUCAACCCAAUCACGAAGAGCAAAGCACCAUAAAUCCACAUCGCCUGCAAUAUCGGAGGGUGGAUCAACUGAAUUCAUGAUUAAGAAGAAAAGAAAGGCGGCACCAAAUUUAUCCAAGUUCUUUAAUGGCAAGAAAGUUGAGAAAGAUGAGUAAGCUGGUCGUGAAUCUUGUGUGCUUUUUACAAGCAUUUGAUUGCAACACAGUUGGAGUGUUGGAGUGGUGUUUUCUUAAAAACUAGUUGCUUUAAAAUUUUAUUAUGGCGUUUCUUCUUUUAACAAAAACUUGAAUCUGAUACGAGUGUUUAAAGCAUUAAGAAAUGUAAUUGUGGGUGAGGUUAUGUGGAAGAGUUGUGUAAAUGAAUGCAGAGGGAAUAAGAGUUCAAUCCCAAGUAUCGGGUUUACAUGUUCAUGUUCUGUUCAUACUGUUCUUUGAUUUGCAUAUGGUAAUCACUUUUUAA